AUGCCCAGAACUGUAUUAGCGACAGAGCUUCCUUGUAUACCCCAUGUCAUUACUACUAAUACAGUUGCAAAAUCUAAAGUUACCAUCAAAUCUCCGCUGAGUGUAAUAGACCAAAUAAAAGAUUGGCUUUCAAAUUCUAACAAGGUUGUUUUUAAACAUUACACCCAGUUGGGUCGUUUGUUGGACCUCGACACUCGAAGCUCUUUCCCUGGCACCUUAGCAAACCAGAUAGUUUUGAGGAUGGUAGAUUGCCAAAAGAGGCAUGAGUUAUGGUUUUUGAUUAAUGGAAAACCUAUGAGGUUUUCUCUCCAAGAGUUUGCAAUAGUAUCUGGAUUGUACACUAGUGGCGGACCAACACCUGAAGAAAUGAAGGUUGUUUCUUCUGAGAAAAAUUUAAAGAAAAAGUACUUCAAUGACAAGAUGUCUAUUAAAAUAGAGGACAUAGCUAGUACUCUAGAUACCAUAUCGAAAGAAUGUAGGACUAAGGACAGAGUGAAGUUGUGCUUUAUCUAUUUUCUCAGCGCAUUUCUAAUAAUGCCAAAUCCUGGUUCGAUAGUAGAUCUUAAAUGGCUACAACUAGUGGACAAGCUAGAUAUAUUUGACAAAUAUUGUUGGGGGAAGCUGACAUAUGAGAAACUAAUAGAGCAAAUCACGAAAAAAGAUAUGAAGAAUAAUCCCACUGAGAAGGAGAUUCCAAGUCCAUUGUAA